CGGUUUAACUUGGUAACAUCUUGAAAUUGCGGUGAACCGAAGAACAAAACCAAAGCCAACGUGACAAACUGACAAUUACUUUGCAGUUAUCCCUGAAAAAGAGCUCACGAACUUUUGCCUAAUUCUUAGGGACCCGAGUUCGAUUCAAGGCAGUCACAUAUCGGAGAAAUCUCUCAUCACGUCUCUCAGCUUCGCCUUCAACACCGUCGUCGCCGUCACGGCCAAAUCCGUAAGAUUGGAAGCUGUUGUUUCGAAUCGAUUCAAGCCUCGAAUCUGAGUUUCGGAUCCAUAUUAGAAGCUAAGGUGGGAGCUUUUUGAGUGACGGAGCUAUGGUGUGGUGUAACCACUGCGUGAAGAAUGUUCCCGGAAUACGCCCUUAUGAUGGUGCAUUGGCAUGUAAUUUAUGUGGGAGGAUAUUGGAGAACUUCAAUUUUUCUACAGAAGUUACAUUCGUUAAGAAUGCUGCUGGACAGAGCCAAGCCUCAGGUAACAUAGUGAGCAGUGUUCAAAGUGGGAUUCCAAGCUCACGUGAAAGGAGAUAUAGAAUAGCUAGAGAUGAGUUUACGAAUUUGAGAGAUGCAUUGGGAAUUGGUGAUGAGAGAGCUGAUGUGAUUGACAUGGCUGUUCUAUUCUUUAAAUCGGCAGUUGAGCAGAAUUUCACUAAAGGCCGCAGAACUGAACUAGUACAGGCUUCCUGUCUCUACUUGACUUGCAGGGAAUUGAACGUUCCGUUUCUUCUUAUUGAUUUCUCAAGCUACCUUCGAGUUAGCGUUUAUGAGUUAGGUUCUGUGUACUUGCAACUCUGUGAAAUGCUGUACAUUGCGGAUAAUCAAAAUUAUGAAAAGCUUGUUGACCCUUCAAUUUUCAUCGAUCGAUUCUCAAACAUCUUAUUGAAAGGAACACAUAAUAAAGCUGUUGUGAAAACAGCUAUAGCCAUUAUAGCUAGUAUGAAGCGAGAUUGGAUACAGACCGGCCGGAAGCCUAGUGGAAUAUGUGGAGCAGCACUUUACACAGCUGCCCUUUCUCAUGGUAUCAAGUGCUCUAAGUCAGAUAUUGUAAACAUUGUGCAUAUAUGUGAAGCAACUCUAACCAAACGAUUGAUUGAGUUUGGAAAUACGGAGUCUGGAAAUUUAAAUGUUGAUGAGAUCACAGAAAGAGAAUCUCAUAAAAGAUCUUCUACCAUGAAACCAACCUCAAACAAAGAGGCGGUGCUCUGUAUGCAUCAGGAUAGUAAACCUUUUGGUUAUGGACUAUGUAAAGACUGCUACGAAGAUUUCAUAAAUGUUUCUGGUGGACUUGUUGGUGGGUCCGACCCUCCUGCUUUCCAGCGCGCAGAGAAUGAGCGAAUGGAAAAAGCAGCUAGAGAAGAAAACGAGGGAGGAAUUAGUAGCCUAAACCACGAUGAACAACUAUAUUCAGACUAUUGCAGUAUGAGCAAAAGCGAAAAACUAUUUUCUGAGAAAGGUGAAAGAAAUAAAGAUGGGGAUGAAGAACAUGCUGAUACUUCGGAUGAAUCUGACAACUUUUCUGACAUCAGUGAUGAUGAGGUAGAUGGCUAUAUCAACAACGAGGAGGAAACGCACUAUAAGACGAUCACAUGGACAGAAAUGAACAAAGAUUAUCUUGAGGAGCAAGCCGCUAAGGAAGCAGCUCUGAAGGCGGCUAGUGAAGCUUUAAAAGCUAGCAACUCUAAUUGCCCAGAAGAUGCAAGAAAGGCUUUCGAAGCUGCCAAAGCUGAUGCGGCAAAAUCUAGAAAGGAAAAGCAACAAAAAAAAGCUGAGGAAGCAAAGAACGCGGCUCCCCCAGCCACAGCAAUGGAAGCGGUUCGCCGAACGCUUGAGAAAAAGAGACUAAGUUUGGUGAUCAAUUACGAUGUUUUGGAGGAGCUAUUUGAUACAUCCACAGCUGAGAAAUCACCCAAGAGGUCGAAAACCGAGACAGACAUUGAGAAGAAGAAGGAAGUGAAGAGCAAUGAACAUGAGAAAGGUGAAAAUGAAGAUGAAGCUGAAGAGGAUGAAGAAGAAGGCAGUGUAGAAUCAUACGACAUGAACACAGAUUUUCAAAACGGGGAGAAAUUCUAUGAAGAGGACGAGGGAGAAGAAGAGGAUGGUAAUGACUUUGGAUUGUAUUGAUAAUACAGAGUAUUGUGAAACACCAGAGUUUUGUUUUGCCGGACUAGUUGAUUUUAUUUGCAUUAAUAUAGGAGAACCCCAACUAAAUUAUAGGAUCUUUUGAUUCUU